AUGCCAUGCAAGAAAAUGGAUACCGAAAGAUCACAAUGUGCGGAACACAUCACACAGACUGGACACGAGAUCAAUUGGAAGGCAACAGAAAGAAGGGCCCCAUACAAUGACAGCACAAGGAAGCGGAAGAUUGGGGAGGCCCUUGACAUCCUUAAGGGAAGAAAUCUAACAAACGCGAAGGCAAUUCCUGAUAUAUGCAAGCAUGGGCAUCAAAAUCUAGGCGCUCUGCUGGGUGAGACGGCAGUGUACGUGCUUCUAACGCCUUGA